AUGUUUUCAGGCAGGGUGCCCAUGGGGGUGAUGCAGCGAGCAAAGCAAAACCCCAGUCUGGACCACGCGGAAAGCGUCAUUGUCUCUCACGUUGCCCUCAUUAAGAUGCUCCGCCACUGCAAGCAGGGGAUUCCCAUUGAGGUGAUGGGUCUUCUUCUGGGCACCUUUGUUGACAAAUACACAGUCUACGUGUCCGACUGCUUUUCCAUGCCUCAGGUGGGCCAGGCAGACUCUGUAGACUCUGUGGAUGAAGUUUUCCAGGCAGAAAUGAUGGAGAUGCUGAAAAAGGUUAAUGUACCGGAGAAUUGCGUGGGCUGGUACCACUCGCAUCCGGGCUACUUUGCGUGGCUUAGCCACAUCGAUCAGAACACACACAAAUCUUUUGAGCGGCUCGACUAUCGCUCCAUUGCCAUCGUUCUGGAUCCGAUGAAUAGUACAUCCGGCAAGCUCGUUAUCGAGGCGUUCAGGCUCAUUCCCGGCGCAAGCAUGGGUCUCUCAUUUGGAAUUUCCUUCGGUAGCAGCACAGAUACACGUGUCAUUACCUCUGACAAAGGAUUUAUGCGCCCUAAGAACCCCACCUCACUUCUUCGGGGGCUAGACAAGCAGUUCUAUGCCAUGCCCCUCACCUUUAGCAUGUUGGGGUACGAACGCGUCAUGCUCAGCAAGCUUGCUAGCACCGACUGGGUCACGAUUCUCUGUGGCACCGGCCACGGGCUCACAAUAGACGAGGAGUCCAAAGCGGAUGACCGGGCCACACAUACCGUAGAGAGGCCCAGCGACUUUGAAAUGUAUGCCGAUCGUACCCCCCUGGAGACGCUGCAACACCUACAGAGCGCUCUCAAGCUCGCUACCACGUCAAACGUGUCUCGUCCUUGUGAGAUACUGGCCGACAAGCUCCGUGGACAGUGCUUUGCGCAAGACUUUUCUCUGACUGUCUUCAGCCAUGUCAUGGGGACCCCAAGUAAAUGA